GUGUGGCCUCCUUGACUGUGAUUGUCCAGGCGAUGAGGCAGCCAUCUUGGAGACAGAGGACCUGGACUUCAUGGGAGGAACGGGAGGGGGAGGUGGUCCUGACCCCGACACCAUCUCCCUGGCCUCAGUCACAGCCGUCACCACUAAUGUCUCCAACAAGAGGUAAGCACAGAGCACAGUUCUAUGUUACUUGUGGUUUGCCAUUCAAUUUACACAUAACAGACAAUCCUAUGUAGUUAGAUAACACAGAAGCAAACUCUUAGUGUUGAAUUGAAGACUAAUGAUUCAAUUACAUUGUUUACAAUGUAGUAUAUUGUAGUGUACAAAAUUCUGAAAUGAAAGUCUGCAUUGAUUUAAUCUCACUGAAACAUCUUUCUAACGUGUCUAACAUCAGAUCAAAACCUGACAUUAAGAUGGAACCUAGUGCCGGGAGACCAAUGGAUUUCCAAGUAAAUUAAAAUAUACGCUCAAUGAAUCAAGGAAUAAUCAGCAUACAGUAUAAAAAAUGGUUACACUAAAGAGUGUUGAUACAUGAUAACCCAAUUUUACCAGGUUAGUGUUACCAUCAUAGAGGCCAGGCAGCUAGUAGGGCUGAACAUGGAUCCAGUGGUCUGUGUGGAGAUUGGAGACGAUAAGAAGUACACUCAGAUGAAGGAGUCAACAAACUGCCCAUACUACAAUGAGGUAGCCAACCUGCCCUGGAAUGAUGAUGAUGAUUAUGAUGAUAAGGAGGAGGAGGUUGAUGAUGAUGACAAGGUCUAAAGCAUUGUAAUUGCAUGUAUAGUCAUCAAUAAAGCUACAUGUAUAAUUUCAAUAAAGCUACACAUUUUAACAGAACACUUCAUUACACUGAUACAUUUAUUUUAUGUCACAUUUCUCUUUUAGUAUUUUGUCUUUGACUUCCACGUCCCACCUGAUGUUAUGUUUGACAAGAUCCUGAAGCUGUCGGUGAGUAGCUUUACCACAACACAAACAAACAGUUACGCUAUAAUUCCCCUCCCUAUCUAAAUGAACGGAGAGCCAUGGGAAUCAAUGUGUCCAUUAUGUAUACAGUCAUUCAUAAUAUUCAACUCAGGUCACAUAUUAUUGAUGCACAUUGCAAUCUUCACUCUGCUCAUCCAUCCCUCAGGUAAUCCACUCCAAGAACCUGCUGCGUAGUGGGACUCUGGUUGGCUCUUUCAAACUGGAUGUAGGCACCGUCUACUCGCAUCCAGGUCAGGGAGAAAUAGAAGGAAACACAGUAGCUACUAGUGACCUAUGUCUAUACUCUAUGGCUCUGGUACUGACCAGUAUACUGUACAUAUGAAUGUCGUUUAUUAUAAUGAUUUUUGUCUAAUAGAACACCAGUUUUUCCACAAAUGGGCCCUUCUCUCUGACCCUGAUGACAUCACUGCCGGGUGCAAAGGUUACAUUAAAUGUGACAUCGCUGUCGUGGGGAAAGGAGACAACAUCAAGACUCCACACAAGGCCACCGAAACCGAUGACGAUGACAUAGAAGGGUAAAAAUGACCAACAUAUUACUGGGGAUAUGAGUGUAGUAGUAAUAAUGUAGUAGUAAUACUGUAGUAAUAAUGUAGUAAUGAUACUGUAGUAAUAAUACUGUAGUAGUAAAACUGCAGUAGUAAUACUGUAGUAGUAAUAAUGUAGUAAUAAUAAUGUAGUAGUAAUACUGUAGUAGUAAUAAUACUACUGUAGUAGUAAUACUGUAGUAAUAAUGCUGUAGUAGUAAUACUUUAGUAAUAAUACUGUAGUAGUAAUACUGUAGGUGUAAUACUGUAGUAAUAAUACUGUAGUACUAAUACUCUAGUAGUAACAAUGUAGUAAUAAUUUAGUUGUAAUACUAUAGUAAUAAUACUUUAGUAGUAAUAAUGUAGUAAGAAUACUGUAGUAGUAAAACUGUAGUAGUAAUACUGUAGUAAUAAAAGCAGCAAUAGGCCAAGCUCUAGAGAGUCCUGUGAAAGCUCUCCCAUCUCACAAUUCUUUGAUUACUUUCUAUUGCUGUUUUUAGUCAUAGAGAUACAAUGCAAUGUGUUACAAGUGUUUGUCUUUAAUUCUGUGGUUUCAGUAACCUCCUGUUACCUGAGGGGGUUCCCGCGGAGCGUCAGUGGGCUCGCUACUAUGUGAAGAUCUAUAGAGCCGAGGGCCUUCCCAAGAUGAACACCAGCAUCAUGGCUAAUGUCAAGAAGGCUUUCAUAGGGGAGAACAAGGACCUUGUGGACCCUUAUGUACAAGUACUCUUCGCUGGCCAGAGGGUAAGUUAUAGCACUCUUCUGUUGCUAUGCUAUGUUAUGUUAUGUUAAGCUAUGUUACAUUAUGUUAUUCUAUGCUAUGUUAAAGUACAAUGGUGAGAGAAUGUUUGUGAACCCUUUAGGAUUUUCUGCAUGUCUGCAUACAUUUGGCCUAAAAUGUAAUCAGAUCUUCAUCUAAGUCCUAAUAAUAGAUAAAGUGAACAUGAUUAAACAAAUAACACAAAAACAAUUGUACUUUUUCAUUUUUAUAUUGAGCAAAUUGGUCCAACAUUCAACUUCUUUGUUCGGAAAAAGUAUGUGAACCUCUAGAUUAAUCAGCUCAAUUAAGUGAUUUCAAGUAGUCAAAAGUUUAGUAUUUGGUCCCAUAUUCCUUGCACACAAUGACUACAUCAAGCUUGUGACUCUACAAACUCAUUGGAUGCAUUUGCAGUUUGUUUUCGGCUAUGUUUUGCCUAACAGGAACUGAAUGGUGAAUAAUGUCUACCAUUUUGGAGUCACUUUUAUUGUUAUUAAGAAUAGAAGAUGUUUCUGAAAAUAUCAUUAAUAAUGAUGUAUGAGAAGGUUACAAAGGCAAAAAGAUCAUACCCCCCCCAGAAAAUGCUAACCUCCCCUGUUAUUGGUAAGAUGUUAUAUGUUUUGUUGUAGCCUCUGUAACUUUCUCACUCUUUUUUUAUUUAUUUAGCAGACGCUCUUAUCCAGAGCGACUUACAGUUAGUGAAUACAUAUAUAUAUUUUUUUAUACUGGCCCCCCGUGGGAAUCGAACCCACAACCCUGGCGUUGCAAACGCCAUGCUCUAUCAACUGAGCUACAUCCCUGCCGGCCUACCCUGGGCCAAUUGUGCGCCGCCCAUGAGUCUCCCGGUCGCGACAGAGCCUGGAUUCGAACCAGGAUCUCUAGUGGCACAGUUAGCACUGCGAUGCAGUGCCUUAGACCACUGCGCCACUCAGGAGACUCAUCAUUAUUCGUGAUUCAUUCAAGUCUUCAGAAACCUCUGAUCUACUCACUUAUAAAGAAAAUUACUGUAGUUAUCAUUCACCAUUCAGUUACUAUUGGGCAAAACAUAAUCCAAAACACUACCAAAACAAGCUUGAUGUAGUCAUUGCAUUCAAGGAAAAUGGGACCAAAUACUAAACGUUUGACUACUUUAAUACACUUAAUUGAGCUGAUUAAUCUAGAGGUUUCACAUACUUUUUCCGACAAAGAAAUUGAAUGUUGGACCAAUUUGCACAAUAAAUAAAUUGUUUUUGUAUUAUUUGUUUAAUCAUGUUCACUUUAUCUAUUAUUAGGACUUAGAUGAAGAUCUGUUCACAUUUUAGGUCAAAUUUAUGCAGAAAUGCAGAAAAUCCUAAAUGGUUCACAAACUUUCUCUCACCAUUGUAUAUUAUGCUAUGUUAUGUUAUAUGCAAUGGGCACAACUUGUUUUAUUGUACUGUUUAAGUGGACUGCUUUGUGAUCCCAGGGGAAAACAUCUAUCCAGAAAAGCAGCUACGAGCCAAUCUGGAACGAGCAGAUCGUCAUCACUGAGAUGUUUCCACCACUCUGCAAACGCAUGAAGGUCCAGAUCCGAGACUCGGACAAAGUGAACGACGUGGCCCUCGGAACACACUUCAUUGACCUGAGAAAGAUCGCCAAUGAUGGAGACAAAGGUGCUUCAGUGCAGAAAUGUUUCCCUUAAUUCAGAAGAUACUCUGUAUUGUGUUUCUUUCUUUUUCUUUUCUGUGUCUUUCAUUUUUUAUAAAGUAAAGUGCAAUAGGUGACAAGUCCCAGCUGGAGCAAAUUGUGGAAGUGUUACCUUAUGAAAAAGUCUGACCAAGUGUAACCGACCGAGAGAGGCGUUUUGCAUUUUGCCAGUGUGUGAUGCGGAGUUGGCUGUGUUACCGCCACAAUCUCCAAAAGCACUUACAUUUACGUCAUUUAGCAGACGCUCUUAUCCAGAGCGACUUACAGUUAGUGAGUGCAUACAUUAUUUUUCAUACUGGCCCCCCGUGGGAAUCGAACCCACAACCCUGGCGUUGCAAAUGCCAUGCUCUACCAACUGAGCUACAUCCCUGCCGGCCAUUCCCUCCCCUACCCUGGACGACGCAGGGCCAAUUGUGUGCCGCCCCAUGGGUCUCCCGGUCACGGCCGGCUACGACAGAGCCUGGAUUCGAACCAGGAUCUCUAGUGGCACAGCUAGCACUGCGAUGCAGUGCCUUAGACCACUGCGCCACCAUGCCAAAUUGCCAUGCUCUUAACACCCAUACUCUUCUCUGCCAGGCUUCCUUCCCACUCUGGGUCCGGCCUGGGUGAACAUGUAUGGCUCCACUCGUAGCUACACCAUCAUGGACGAGCACCAGGACCUGAACGAGGGUCUGGGGGAGGGGGUGUCCUUCAGGGCCCGCCUGCUGGUCAGCCUGGGUGUGGAGAUCCUGGACACCUCCUCCCCGGAGAUCAUGAGCUCCACCGAGGUGCAGGUGGAGGGGGUGCCCAACAUCUCAGAGGUGGGUCUCACACACAUGCAUGUAUGUAAAUAUGCACACACGCUUGCCCGUACACACACAUGCACACACACACUGUCUCUGCCUCUUUCUCUUCUCUUUCUCUUUCUCUCUCUCUCUCUCUCUCUCUCUCUCUCUCUCUCUCUCUCUCUCUCUCUCUCUCUCUCUCUCUCUCUCUCUCUCUCUCCUCUCUCUCUCUCUCUCUUUCUCUCUCUCUGUCUCCUGUCUCUCUCUCUCUGUCUCUCUGUGUGUCUCUUUCUCUCACUCUCUCUCUUGGGUGAGUGCUCAAGCAGAUAAACCCUCCUAUUUUGACUCACAGCUGACAACUUACAGGUCAUCACGGUGCAAUCUGACUAAAUGAUUGAUCAUCUUUAUUAAGCUGAUCGCUGAUGCUACAUUAUUAGUCCUGAACCAGAGCUCUGCAUGCACCGUAUUUUCAUACUCAUCAUUGAAAUACUCACCAAACUCUCAUACACUAUAUUGUCAUACAUCAGACACCAUAUAGGACACAUCACAGCAUUCUCAAGACAUACAUCUCCAGUUAUAAACUGGGACCUGAAUGCUGAUUGGCUGAAAGACCGUAUACCACGGGUAUGACAAAACAUUUGUUUUUACUAAUUACGUUGUUAACCAGUUUAUAAUAGCAAUAAGGCACCUCGGGGGUUUGUGGUAUAUGGCCAAUAUACCAUGGAUAAGGGCUGUAUCCAGGCACUCCGCGUUGCAUUGUGCAUAAGAACAGCCCUUAGCCGUGGUAUACUGGCCAUAUACCACACCCCCUCGGGCCUUAUUGCUUAAUUAUCACAGAUGAGGGUUUCCAUAUUAAUGGGAUACAGAGACAGAUGAACUUGUGGAUGCCAUUUUUAUGUCUCUGUGUCCAGUAUGAAGGAAGUUAGGUAGUUUCGCGAGCCAAUGCUAACUAGUGUUAGCGCAAUGACAGAAUGACAAUGCUAGCAUGCUAGUAGAUACCCAUAGACUAACAGUCGUUGCGCUAACGCUAGUUAGCAUUGGCUCGUGAAACUACCUCUAACUCAUAAAAAUGGUCUCUACUAGUUCAUCUGACUCUGGAGAAAUAGAUAAAGGGCAUCAUUGUCAAAAGUUUCCUUUUAAUCUUUGUCUCUCCAUCCAUGCAGAACACCACUGUGAAAGUGGAGGUGUUCUUCCUGAAAAUGUUUUCCAUAUUAAUCUUUGUGUCUUUACUCCCUAUCCAUCCAGAAUGCCACUGGGAAGGUGGAAUAAUUAUUCCUGUUAUAAUGUAUGUCCAUGUUCAUCUUUGUGCCUCUCAAUCUAGAGCGCCACAGGGAAAGUAGAGGAGUUCUUCCUCUUCGGGGCGUUCCUGGAGGCCACCAUGAUUGACAGGAAGAUCGGGGACAAACCAAUCAGCUUCGAGGUUACAAUAGGUUGGUAGCUCAAUACUCACUCAUCACCCCUUGACGUCAGUGCAUGAGCUAUGCAAAGUUAAGCCACAUAAAACUCAGGUUCGAAUUCAGCCCUAUUAUAUUAAUAAAACUGACUUCACUUUAUAACAUAAUACUAAGGCAGCAGGUAGCACAUGUAGGGCAGGUUUCCCGGAUACAGAUUAAGCCUAGUCCUGGGUUUUUUAGUCUAGGACUAGCCUUAUCGGUGUCUGGGAAACCGUCCCUCAAUGAAGAUUCUCCAUGAAUAAUAUAAAGAAAUCCAUGACUAAGCAUAAUCUGGGUCCGGGUGGCAACCCUUGAUGAUCUGUAUAUUGCCAUGUUCAUAAUCAUAUUUUAAACUUGCGUCUUUUAACUAGGUAACUAUGGAAGCGAAAUUGACGGUGUGACCAAACCCAAGUCGAGUAGCAGGAAGAAGGGUGGGGGAGACGGAGAUGAAGAGGAGUCAGAGCUGAUCCAAGGCUCCAGUGAUGAAGAGGAGGGAGAUGAUAAUGACCUGGUCUCAGUGUCCUCCACCCCGCCCAUGAAACCGGUCAUCACUGACAGGUCAGAUCCCAUCACACACAUAAGCAGAAUACUACAGCGGGGAAAGCUGGUUGAAAUUACGUUAGUUCUGCUAGUUGUUGUAACAAUCACUUCAGCUAGUUUUCCUGCUGGGAUUGUCGUUCACUAUAACCGGAUCAUAGGUCUCACUAGGUCAGGUUUCAGUGUCUCUCUUUAUUAAUUUCAAACCUUCAGAAACUAUUUCCACCUGCCUUACUUUGAGAGGAAGCCAUGUAUUUACAUCAAGAGCUGGUGGCAGGACCAGAGAAGAAGACUGUACAAUGCCAACAUCAUGGACAACAUCGCAGAUAAACUGGUGAGUCAGUCAAUCACCUUAAUACCCAUCAAAAUGUGUAAAAACAACAUAAUUACAACAUAAUUUUCUAGUGAUGGGGGAAAGAUCAAUACAGUUACAUAUCGGCACCUAAUUAUCGUGAUAAUAUUGUAUUGUGAGGUCCCUGGCAAUUACCAGCCCUAUUAUUUUCACAAUCAACAACAUUAUUAAAGCAUACUCGUAAUGUUCUAACAUGUCUAUGACACUGUGUCAACAGGAGGAGGGUCUGAACGAUGUUCAGGAGGUCAUUAAGACGGAGAAGGCCUAUCCUGAACGCAGACUGAGAGGGGUCCUGGAGGAUCUCGGCAACGGAUGCAGGUCUCUACUUACCCUUUCUACAAUUACUUACACAAUUAUGGCACCCUGUUCCCUCUAUUACUUACUUCCCUAUAUUACUUACUUCCCUAUAUUACUUACUUCCCUAUAUUACUUACUUCCCUGAGGGAAGUAAGUAAUAUAGGGAAGUAAGUAAUAGAGGGAAGUUCCCUCUAUUACUUACUUCCCUAUAUUACUUACUUCCCUAUAUUACUUACUUCCCCAUAUUACUUACUUACACAAUUAUGGCACCCUAUUCCAUUUGGGAUGCAGAAUUGGCUAACAUUUAAUUAUUUCUUCAGUCAGUUUCUGACUCUGGCUAACAAAGACCAGAAUCAGACUGGGAGGACCAAGCUGGACAAGGAGAGACUCAAGUCCUGCAUGAGGGAACUGGUACGGCACACCUGAUCCAAAGAUUAUUGUGAUAUUUUUAUAUAUUAUGUUGGUAACACCACAGAAUUACAUAUAUACGAUCUUUGUGGGUAACACUUUAUUUAAAGCCUACAGGUAUAAUACGGUUAGAAUGCAUUGUAAGACUUGUUUGUAUGGCCCUCCUACUACAUUUUACAUAUUUUGUAGUCGCUCUAAUCCAGAGUAAUUUACAGUAGUGAGUGCAUACAUUUUCAUAUUUGUUUGUACUGGCCCCCCUUGGGAAUCAAACCCACAACCCUGCCGUUGCAAGUGCCAUGCUCUACCAACUGAGCCAUACGGGACGAGUGGGUAAUCUGCCUCUACCAUCAGUCCUAUUAGCCAACGUACAAUCAUUGGAUAAUAAAAUGGACAAGCUACGAUCAAGACUAUCCUACCAACGGGACAUUAAAAACUGUAAUAUCUUAUGUUUCACCGAGUCUUGGCUGAACGACGACAUGGAUAACAUACAGCUGGCGGGGUUUUCGGUGCAUCGGCAAGAUAGAACAGCUGCCUCCGGUAAGACAAGGGGUGGCGGUCUGUGUAUAUUUGUAAAUAACAGCUGGUGCACAAAAUCUAAUAUUAAGGAAGUCUCAAAGGUUUUGCUCGCCUGAGGUAGAAUAUCUCAUGAUAAGCUGUAGACCACACUAUUUACCAAGAGAGUUUUCAUCUAUAUUUUUCGUAGCUGUCUAUUUACCACCACAAACCGAUGCUGGCACUAAGACCACACUCAACGAGCUGUAUAAGGCCAUAAGCAAAAAAGAAAAUGCUCAUCCAGAGGCGGCGCUCCUAGUGGCCGGGGACUUUAAUGCAGGGAAACUUAAAUCCGUUUUACCUCAUUUCUACCAGCAUGUUAAAUGUGCAACCAGAGGAAAAAAACUCUAGACCACCUUUACUCCACACACAGAGACGCGUACAAAGCUCUCCCUCGCCCUCCAUUUGGCAAAUCUGACCAUAAUUCUAUCCUCCCGAUUCCUGCUUACAAGCAAAAACUAAAGCAGGAAGUACCAGUGACUCGCUCAAUACAGAAGUGGUCAGAUGACGCAGAUGCUAAACUACAGGACUGUUUUGCUAGCACAGACUGGAAUAUGUUCCGGGAUUCUUCCGAUGGCAUUGAGGAGUACACCACAUCAGUCACUGGCUUCAUCAAUAAGUGCAUCGAUGACGUCAUCCCCAACAAUGACCGUACGUACAUACCCAAACUAGAAGCCUUGGAUUACAGGCAACAUCUGCACUGAGCUAAAGGGUAGAGCUGCCGUUUUCAAGGAGUGGGACUCUAACCCGAACGCAUAUAAGAAAUCCCGCUAUGCCCUCCGACGAACCAUCAAACAGGCAAAGCGUCAAUACAGGACUAAUAUUGACACGUACUACACCGGCUCUGACGAUCGUCGGAUGUGUCAGGGCUUGCAAACUAUUACGGACUACAAAGGGAAGCACAGCCGCGAGCUGCCCAGUGACACGAGCCUACCGGACGAGCUAAAGGACUUCUAUGCUCGCUUUGAGGCAAGCAACACUGAAGCAUGCAUAAGAGCAUCAGCUGUUACGGACGACUUUGUGAUCACGCUCUCCGUAGCCGAUGUGAGUAAGACCUUUAAGCAGGUCAACAUUCACGAGGCCGCAGGGCCAGACGGAUUACCAGGACGUGUACUCUGAGCAUGCGCUGACCAACUGGCAAGUGUCUUCACAGAUAUUUUCAACCUUGACCCUGGCUGAGUCUGUAAUACCAACAUGUUUCAAGCAGACCACCAUAGUCCCUGUGCCCAAGAACACUAAGGUAGCCUGCCUAAAUGACUACCGACCCGUAGCACUCACGUCUGUAGCCAUGAAGUGCUUUGAAAGGCUGGUCAUGGCUCACAUCAACACCAUUAUCCCAGAAACUCUAGACCCACUCCAAUUUGCAUACUGCCGCAACAGAUCCACAGUUGAUGCAAUCUCUAUUGCACUUCACACUGCCCUUUCCCACCUGGACAAAAGGAACACCUACGUGAGAAUGCUAUUCAUUGACUACAGCUCAGCGUUCAACACCAUAGUGCCCUCAAAGCUCAUCACUAAGCUAAGGACCCUGGGACUAAACACCUCCCUCUGCAACUGGAUCCUGGACUUCCUGACAGGCCGCCCCCAGGUGGUAAGGGUAGGUAACAACACAUCUGCCAUGCUGAUCCUCAACACUGUGGCCCCUCAGGGGUGCGUGCUCAGUCCCCUCCUGUACUCCCUGUUCACCCAUGACUGCAUGGCCAAGCACGACUCCAACACCAUCAUUAAGUUUACCGAUGACACAACAGUGGUAGGCCUGAUCACUGACAAUGAUGAGACAGCCUAUAGGGAGGAGGUAAGAGACCUGGCCGUGUGGUGCCAGGACGACAACCACUCCCGCAAUGUGAUGAAGACAAAGGAGAUGAUUGUGGACUACAGGAAAAGGAGGACCGAGCAUGCCCACAUUCUCAUCGACGGGGCUGUAGUAGAGCAGGUUGAGAGCUUCAAGUACCUUGGUGUCCACAUCACCAACAAAUUAUCAUUGUCCAAACACACCAAGACAGUCGUGAAGAGGGCACGACAAAGCAUAUUCCCCCUCAGGAGACUGAAAAGAUUUGGCAUGGGUCCUCAGAUCCUCAAAAGGUUCUACAGCUACACCAUCGAGAGCAUCCUGACUGGUUGCAUCACCGCCUGGUAUGGCAACUGCUCGGCCUCUGACCGCAAAGCACUACAGAGGGUAGUGCGUACGGCCCAUUACAUCACUGGGGCCAAGCUUCCUGCCAUCCAGGACCUUUAUACCAGGCGGUGUCAGAGGAAGACUCCAGCCACCCUAGUCAUAGACUGUUCUCUCUGCUCCGCACAGCAAGCGUUACCAGAGCGCCAAGUCUAGAUCCAAAAUGCUUCUUAACAGCUUCUACCCCCAAGCCAUAAGACUCCUGAACAGCUAAUCAAACGGCUACCCGGACUAUUUGCAUUGUCCAGGAAUAGAUGAUAUGAUCCCCCCCCCCCCCACCCCCUCUUUUACACUGCUGCUACUCUCUGUUUAUUAUCUAUGCAUAGUCACUUGACCUCUACCUACAUGUAUAUAUUACCUCAAUUACCUCGACUAACCUGUGCCCCUGCACAUUGACUCUGUACCGGUACCCCCUGUAUAUAGCCUCACUACUGUUAUUUUAUUGUUGCUCUUUAAUUAUUUGUUAUUUUCUUCUUUUCUUCUUUUUUUACUUCACUUAUUUUUCUUAAAACAGCAUUGUUGGUUAAGAGCUUGUAAGUAAGCAUUUCACUGUAAGGUCUACACAUGUUGUAUUCGGCGCAUGUGAAAAUUAAAAUUUGAUUUGAUUUAUAUCUUAUUGAUUCAUCUUGUGUUUGUGUGCUAAAAAUGAUGAUUGUCUCAUUGUGUGUGCUUGUAGGAGAGCAUAGGUCAGCAGGCUAAGACCAUUAGGAUGCAGGUGAAGAAGAAUACAGUGAGGGAUAAGGUCAAGCUGGUUCAGAACUUCCUCCAGAAGCUCAGGUUCCUAGCUGACGAGGUAAGUCAGUAAGGGGUGCAUAUACUGUACAUACAUAAUUGUUAAUACACCUAAAACUAUUGAUACCGUUCUAGAAGUCUUUGUUUGUCUUUCUUUUCUUUUAUCGUAUAUGUAUAUAUGUUUGAACUACACAUUUUCCAAUAAAUAUUUUUUAGAUUGAUUGGUUGUUUGAUUCCUCUAUGUGUAAUUGCAGCCGCAGCACAGUAUCCCUGACAUCUACAUCUGGAUGAUGAGUAACAACAAGCGUAUUGCCUACGCCCGUGUCCCCUCCAAAGACAUCCUGUACUCUGGGGUGGAGGAGGAGACUGGGAAGGACUGUGGCAAAGUCAAAACCAUCUUCUUCAAGGUCUGUGCAUAGUUACUCGACAUCCAAAACCAAACAUAUGCAUACUUCCUCUUCCAUUGUGUGCUUAUUGAUUUUGCUUGAAAUCCAAAGAUUGUAUUAUUUACAGCCAUCCCCUUUUCAGUUUUCACUAGUUCUGAAUCACUACUGAUGUGUCCAUCUGAUUUUUCACUCAUGUAUUUGCCUCAUCAUCCCAGCUGCCUGGUAAGAAGGGCUUUGGGGCAGCUGGCUGGACAGUGCAGGCUAAGACAGAGAUCUACCUGUGGCUGGGUCUGAACCGUCAGAGGAAGGACUUCCUGUCUGGGCUGCCCAACGGCUUUGAGGAGAACAAGAUGCUGAAAGGACCUGGCUCGCAGUCUGCUCCCCCCAUCAGCCUCACAUACAUGAGUAAGGGAGACCGAUGGCGUCCGAUGAGCCACAUAGAUCACUACGCAUAAGGGAAACUAGGGAAUCUCAUGGAUAAGUGCUUACAUUAUCUGUGGUCUAGAUGAGUAAGGGAGAUGAUAAUGUCCCAUUCAUGUGUACAUAUCUCCAUAGAAAUAGAAUGAUUUGAAUAGACAAAUCCCUCGGACUUACCCCGGUGCCUUCAGACCAUCAGGGAGCUUUGAACUUGAAUCAGAAUGUAUUUUCUUUAAAAAAAUUGCACAUAUUGUAUCACUAUGAAUAAGGGAAACUAGAGGAUCUCAUUGAUAAAUGCUUGUGGAUCUUCCCCCCUCCACAGUGAAGCAGAUCUUCCAGCUGAGGGUCCAUAUGUACCAGGCUCGCAGCCUGUUUGCAGCAGACAGCAGCGGCCUCUCAGACCCCUUCGCCAGGGUCUUCUUCUCCACACACAGCCAGGUCACAGAGGUAGGACAACUAGAUUUGAUUGUUUGUUUGUUCGUUCAUUCAUUACAAAAUACAGUGAUUCCACGAAUAUAACUAUCAUCUUUGAACAGCGGUGAAGUUUGGUCCAGUAAUUAAAUAGUCCAUAUAAGAAUUACGUGGUACAGAAUGGUGAAUGGGAGUAACAAGAUGGUGAGUGAAUUAAUGAAUCAAUUAAUGAAUAUAACUCUCUGCCCAGGUGCUGAAUGAGACACUGUGCCCCACCUGGGACCAGCUGAUGGUGUUUGACAACAUAGAACUGUUUGGAGAGGUCGGAGAACUGAGGGACGACCCUCCUAUCAUCGUCAUAGAAAUCUAUGACCAGGACACGGUGGUAAGCAUAAUGCCUGGUUAGAACUCAUGAACAGAUCUAUCAUAACAGAUUCUAUCUGAAUUUCAAUAGAUCAUCUGACAAUGCAUACAGUCAUUUAGAUUUCCAGACCACUCUUUCCUUGCUGCUCAAGUCCUCUAAGUAACAUAAAUGACAUGUCAUUCAAAUACGAAUUAGGCUCUGCAUUUGAAAGAGAUACUGCAGUAUGUAUUUUGUUGGCAUCAUUAUAGAAGAAUGUGACACCUUAUAUGUUUAUCAGAUUUUACAGAAUUGUUAUGAAUCAUAUUUGAAAGAAUGUAAAUGUUGACUCAACUGAUGAUCAUAUCAUCUAUUCCUGAACAUAAACACCAUUGUUUUGGAUUACCUUUACUCGGGAUAAGUAGAGUGUGAACUGAAUUCUGAUUGAAGGUUUGAAAUAGCAUUAUGCCCCAAGGCAGGGCUCUCCAACCCACUUCCUGGAGAGCUACCCUCCUGAAGUUUUUUGCUCCAACCCCAGUUGUAACGAACCUGAUUCAGCCAUAUGGAUUCCGUUUAUCAACCAGCUAAUUAUUACAAUCAGGUGUGCUAGAUUAAGGUUGGAGCGAAAACCUACAGGACGCUAGCUCUCCGGGAACAGGGUUGGAGAGCCUUGGCCCAAGGCAUGCAAUAGGUAUAAGAUUUAGCUGAAAAUACAAAUUCACUGGACAUCAGCCUUAUCCCUCUUGCAUUCCUUCAAUUAAAGCUUGUUGCUUAUGUGGUACAGUGGUUAUGUUUGGGUGUCUUGUCAUUGUUUUCUAGCCUGGUCCCAGAUCUGUUUGUGCAUAUAGAUAACUCCUAUGGUCGAGCUGUCAAAGCAUUACAAACAGAUCUGGAACCAGGCUAGUUGUUCAUUGUUCUGUUGUGUUUUCUUGAGCUUUGAAGCAUGUGCAUUGUCAAGCCAUGCUUCUGUGUUAGGUAAAGCUAAUGCCAUACUUAACAUAUUGAUGAAUGACAUGCCAUGAAGACCCUUUAUUGUAUUUCUUAUGAUAUUGUUUUUUAAAUAUCACAUAUUUCUCUUCAAACGCUUGUAAUGUAAACUCCGGCCAAUUUCCUCGGAUUGUAGAUGGUACAUUAUUCCAAAGAGACCAUUCUUUCAAAUAUUUAAACCUUAAUAUUUGUGGAUGUGGUGUGGACCUUGAUUUACCACAGAAGGUUCAGGGUUAUAUUUUGAUUGUCUCCCAUGUCUUCCUGUUAUGAUGUGACUCCAGGGCAAAGCAGAGUUCAUGGGCAGGACCUUCGCCAAGCCCAUAACCAAGAUGGCUGAUGAACACUACGGACCUCCGCGUUUCCCUCCCCAACUAGAGUACUACCAGAUCUAUAGGGGGAACUGCACCGCUGGAGAGAUGCUGGCGGCCUUCGAACUGUUGCAGGUGAGCCUGGCAAUAGAUCAACUUUCCACAUUAUUUGUCCCAGAGUAGAGGGAAAUUGGUUGGUAGAAGUUGAAAGUUGACUUUCAUGUUGACUUUCAAGUUGCCUUUCAAAGUUGAUGUAUUCCGAGAUUUCCUAGGUUAUAGGUCCAAUGCAGCCAUUUUUAUCUCAAAAUCAAAUUAUUUCUGGGUAACAAUUAAGUACCUUACUGUGAUUGUUUUAAAUGAAAAAUGGUCAAAAAGAAACAAAAAUUGCUUCUUAGCAAAGGGCAAUUUCUCAAGCAAGAAUUUUGCUAGGACUGUCUGGGAGUGGUCUGAGUGAACCGACCAACUUCACAUAGAAAUGUGUGUUAUAGACCUGUUAUUAUAAUUGAAAACAAGUCUAAAAAACUGUAGAUCUGUUCUAUGUGCGCUAUUUCAAUGCUUCCCAUUCUUAAGUUUUGUUUUUGCGUCUUUUACUUUAGGUUUUGUACACCAUAUUCAAACAGCUGAAAAUACAAUAUUUUAUGGAAAAUAUAUUUUACAGCGGUUUAGAUGGUACAAUCAUUCUCUCCACUAUACUUGCUUGUUUUGUCACAUAUACUGAAAUUAAGCAAACGAUUAAAACAUUUUCAACCGGGAAAUGGCGGAGCGAUUUCUGCAUAGUGCAUCUUUAACUAAUUUAACACAUGGUGAUAUCAGAAUGGAAUGCCAAAACUACAUCCCACCAAAACAGGCAGAAAUUUCAGGCGGUCUUUUCAAACAGCUCUUUAUUAUCAUAAUUUCACAAUAUUAUUCCAACUUCAUAGUGUGGAAAUAUAUGCAAAACACAGGAAAAUCACGCACUUUAAAAUCCACUGGGCCUUUAAUAACAGUCAAACAAAACAAAAUAUCUGCCAGUCGUGUGAUUAUAAAUGCUUUGAUUAGACCCAAAUUGAUCAGUAAUGUUGAUGUCAGUAAUGUCCUGUAUGGCUCAGUUGGUCAAGUAUGGGACUUGCAAUGCUAGGAUUGUGGGUUUGAUUCCUGGGGCCACCCAGAAAUAUUAUGUAUGCACGCAUGACUGUAAGUCGCUUUGGAUAAAAGCCUCUGCUAAAUGGCAUAUAUAAUAUUAUUAUUAUAUUAUGUCUGUUCAUGUUUCAGAUUGGUCCUCAUGGUAAAGCUGACCUGCCGCCCAUCGAUGGUCCUACAGACAUGGACCGUGGUCCCAUCCUACCUGUCCCUCUGGGCAUCAGACCAAUCCUCAGCAAGUACAGGAUCGAGGUGGGAAUUAAACUCCUCUUGGCCUUGAAAUACAGGCAGUGUAUUUGUAAAUAUUGCACUGUAAAUGUUGAUGUAACAUAUGAAACGCUUAUGUACUGCUUAUGAAUGUAGUAUGUAUGGGUUAUAAAUGUGUUAUGAAGUCCUUAUGUAGGUACCCUUUAAAUAAAGUGAUACUGAAAUGUAGGUGCUGUUCUGGGGCCUGAGGGACCUGAAGAGAGUCAACCUAGCCACGGUGGACAGGCCUCGUGUGGACAUAGAAUGUGCCGGUAAAGGAGUCCAGUCUUCCCUCAUCCAGAACUACAAGAAAAAUCCCAACUUUGGCACCCUGGUCAAGAUGUUUGAGGUGGUAAGUUCUCUUUAAAAUCAUUCCCAUCGUUCACCUGGUUAUCUCACCUAAUAACAACCAAAAUAUAACGACUUUCCCACGACAUUGUGAUGUCAUCAUGAAAACGAAAUCUUUUACUUAUUGUAAUAGAGGUCAGUUGGUUGUAAUCUGGUUAUAUGACGUCUUCUUAACCAGACAACCAUUUUACAACCAGGAAAUGACACCAUAAAGGUGCCAAAUGUGGCCCAUUCAUUUAUUGUGAACUUGUUGUUCUCCAGGACCUGCCUGAGAACGAGCUACUCCACCCUCCCCUGAACAUCAGAGUGGUGGACUGCAGAGCGUUCGGACGCUACACCCUGGUGGGGAACCAUGCUGUCACCACCCUACGCAAGUUCAUUUACCGGGCAGCAGACAAGCACGCCAACAACUGGAACACUCAAGGUACACACACAUACAUGCACACACACACAUACACACAACACACAAACAACACACACACACACACAAACAACACACACACGCCUUGCUGUGCCCUUACACUUUGAUUUGUACAUACUAAUGCAGUCUUUCUCCUCUCACAGAGGAGAUCAUUGUCAACUAUGAGCCAGAGCCCACCAUCAAGAAGAUGGAGACCAUGGUUAAGCUGGACUCUGUAAGAUCUCACACCAUUAAAUUAAUGUUAACCUUAAUAAUACACUUUAAUAAAAGAUCCUAACUGAGUUGUAAUAUGAUUGAUAUAAAAUGUUGUAUGGUAUUUUCCAGGGGUCUGAUGCUGUGGUUAAAAUUGAGGUAGGUGUUACGACGUUGAUCUGGAAAUGUUUCUGUUUCUCAUUGUAGGAGCAAUGUUAAAAGCAUUUGUACGUGACAGUUUAUUUGUAAAGGUUGUACAGUAGUUAACAGUAAAAGGGCUAUUGCAACCUGUAAACUAAACUUGCAUUGAUAUUUUAGGAGGAUGAGAAGGGAGGGAAGAAGAAGAAGAGGAAGAAGGGAGGAGACGAGGUGGAGGAGGAGGAGUUUGAUGAGAGCAUGUUGGAUUGGUGGUCCAAGUACUUUGCCUCGAUCGAAACGCUGAUGGAGGUGAGGCCAUCCGUGAAAAUGACAUUUUGUUAACUUUUAUACAAUUAAACAUUAUAAUCAUCUAAUGGCUACAUUUUGAUACUCAGAAUUGAAUUAAAAAAGUGAUCCUGUGUAUAUGUAUUUGAUAUUAUUGGUUUGUGUGUCUUACUCUGUAGAUUCUCAAAGCUCAGGAGGCAGCUAUGGCGGAUGCUGAGGAGAAAGAGGACCAGGAUAUUGCUGCUGAGGGCGGAGGUAACAAAAACAAUCCUAAACUAAUGUGGAAAACACAAGAGCAGCAAAUGUAUUACAUCUAGGCCAUAUCUAUACACAUUUCAUGCAAAUAUACAUCGUAUUAUGUAUCAUCAAUAUGUCCUGUUUAGGUUGUUGAUGUUUGUUAAUUUGGUAGAUAUUGACAAGUAGAUACUAUGUCUUGUAGAUGGUCCAGCAUGAUUAGAUAGUCCAUAAUCAUGAAUCUCUGCAUAUUGAUCGAGACUUUAAAGUAGAAUAUAAUUGUUGCAGUCAAAGGGAAUGAUCAUGUUAUCAGAUUGUAUGCUAUGUCCACUUUCAUAUGCCUAUACCAUGACAACCCAUACCACUAACCCUUCACAUAACCCCUGACAUCUCUGUCAUAGUUCAUCACUGCAUACAUUUACACAAACAUGAAUCCAUGAUUUCCAUCACUUCAUAUCUCAUAUCAUGACCUCCUCCUGCUCUCAAUUGCAGGUAUAUUACAAUAUGCCUGCCAUAAAAGCACUUAUACAUUGUUAUGUAUAGCUUUGACAUAACAUCAUACAUAAAAUAUUUAUAGAAAACUAACUGAAACAAAUCUUUUGGAAUCCCAAAUGCACUUUUAUGCAGAGAUUGUGUGCAUGAUGGUGUAUCUAGAUGUGCAAGUUUAGUGAUAAAGUUUAUACUCAUAAGCUAAGCUAGAGACCUAUUCCUAUUGGGUAAAUGUUGUCUUAGCUAUUCUGUCUGUUGCACUGGCAUUCACUGUAUAUACUGUUCAUAUUGUGUAUACAGUGGCCAAAAUACAUUGGUUUGGCAACUUUCAUGUGGAAUUCAUGUCUUGAGUGCCUUGCUGUGCACCACCUCUCCUCUCCAUCCUCCAUCCCUCCACCCUCAACCCUCACCCUCAUCCCUUCACCCCUCACUCCUAACCUAUUCUCAGAGAUCAAACCUGAUGACUCUCUUGUCAAAGGAAAGAGAGGCAAGGGAAAGAAGGACAAGAAGAGGGCUGGGCCUGGAGACAUGCCAGAGAAGAAAAAGCACAAAAUUGAUGAGCUACAGGUAUGUGGCUACUCAACAGUGAGCCCCAGCGAGCAAAACUGGUUGAAAUUAUGUCAUUACAACCAGAAUUGUAAUUUCAAACACUUUAGCCCAGUUUUACCCACUGGAACCUGUCUCUAAGUUUAAGAAAGUCUGGACAGUGGGUCAAGUGCUAUAUACUUUUUUUUUUUUUAAUAUGUUGAAAUAUGUUUUUUAGAAAUUAUGUUUUUAAUGUAUAGAGUACUUUUUCGUAUUUCCUCAUUAGAUGUACCCCAAGGAGCUGGAGAAUGAGUUUGAUAACUUUGAAGACUGGCUUCACACCUUCAACCUGUUCAGAGGGAAGGCUGGAGACGACGACGACCAGAACAUGGCGGAUGAAGACAGGAUUAUUGGCAAAUUCAAAGUAAAACCCCUUUCACACAGAGGGUGUUCCCUUCUUUGUAGCUUCUUUUUUGUCGGCGAUGGAAGAGAGAUGGAAUUAUCCUGGUCCCAGAUCUUCUUGUGCUGUACAUAGACUGUAUAAUAUAGAAUAUAUUGUAUAGCCAAAUCCUAUAGUUCUUGUUCAACGAUGAUGUCUAUACAGCAUAAACAUAUCUGGGACCAGGCUAGGUAGGAACUGGAUAGGGUACAUUAUUGUGUUAAAUAUCACCACAAUUGUGCAUGUCUGUUUGUAUUUCAGGGUUCUCUGUGCAUGUACAAAGUGCCGGUAUCAGAUGAGAUGCAGAGGGAGAUGGGCUUUGACUCCAACAUGGGCAUGUUCCAGAACAUUCCAACUAAUGACCCAAUCAACGUCCUAGUCCGGGUCUAUAUCAUCAGGGUAGGUACACUACUCUCUAUUGUGUGCCUACAAUAGUACUUACAGUAUAUGUCAGAGUCUAUGUCAUCAGGGUAGGUACACAACACUACACUCAGGUGAAAGUACAGUGCCUAUAGAAAGUCUACACCCCCCUUGGAUUUCUUCACAUUUUAUUGUGUUACAAAGUGGGAUUAAAAUGGAUUUAAUUGUUUCUUUCUUUCAUUUUUUCACAACGAUCUACACGAAAUACUCUGUAAUGUCAAAGUGGAAGAAAAUUUAUAAAACAAAUUUAAGAUUAAUGAAAAAUAAAACACUAGUAUACCUUGAUUAGAUAAGUAUUCACCCAAUACAUGUUAGUUUUUUAAUGCAUGUUUGAAAUGCCUUUGUCAGCGAUCACAGCUGUGAGUCUUCUUGGGUAAGUCUCAUAAGAGCUUUGCACACCUUUAUUGUGUGCAUCCAUUAUUCUUUUCACAAUUCUUCAAGCUCUGUCAAUAUGUUGGGGAUCAUGGCUAGACAGCAAUUUUCAAGUCUUGCCAUAGAUUUUCAAGCAGAUUUAAGUCAGAACUGUAACUUGGCCACUCAGGAACAUUCACUGUCUUCUUGGUAAGUAACUCCAGUGUAGAUUUUGCCUUGUGUUGUAGGUUAAUGUCCUGCUGAAAGGUGAAUUCCUCUUCCAGUGUCUGGUGUAAAGCAGACUGAAGCAGGUUUUCCUCUAGGAUUUUGCCUGUGCUUACAGUAGCUCCAUCCUGUGUCUUUUCAUCCUGAAAAACUCCCCAUUCUUUGCCGAUGUCAAGCAUACCCAUACCGUGAUGCAGCCACCACCAUGCUGGAAAAUAAGGAGGCAGUUACUCAGUGAUGUGUUGUGUUGGAUUUGCCCCAAACAUAAGGCUUUGCAUUUAGGCCAAAAAGUGUAUUCCUGUGCCGUGUUUUUUACAGUAUUACUUCAGUGCCUUGUUGCAUACAUAUGAAGUUUUGGAAUAUUUUUUAUUCUCUAUAUUUGUAUUUUUCUUUUCACUCUGUCAUUUAGGUCAUUAUUGUGGAGUCACCACAAUGUUGUUGAUCCAUCCUUCGUUUUCUCCCAGGAAGUCUCAAGGUUCUGCUCGCCUGAGUUAGAAUACCUCAGGAUAAGCUGUAGACCAUACUAUUUACCAAGAGAGUUUUCAUCUGUAUUUUUCGUAGCUGUCUAUUUACAAACACAAACCGAUGCUGGCACUAAGACCGCACUCAACGAGGUGUAUAGGGCAAUAAGCAAACAAAUGCUCAUCCAGAGGCAGCCCUCCUAGUGGCCGGUGAUUUUAAUGCAGGAAAACUGAAAUCCGUUUGACCUAAUUUCUACCAGCAUGUCACCUGUGCAAUUAGAGGGAAAUAUACUCUAGAUCAACUUUACUCCACACACAGAGACGCAUACAAAGCUCUCCCCCGCCCCAUUUGGCAAACGGACCAUAACUCUAUCCUCCUGAUUCCUGCUUACAAGCAAAAACUCUAACAGGAAGUACCAGUGACACACUCAAUACAGAAGGGGUCAGAUCAAGCGGAUCCUAAACUACAGAACUGUUUUGCUAGCACAGACUGGAAUAUGUUCCGGGAUUCCUCCAAUGGCAUUGAGGAGUUUACCACAUCAGUCACCGGCUUCAUUAAUAAGUGCAUCGACGACGUUGCCCCCACAGUGACCAUACGUACAUAUCCCAACCAGAAGCCAUGGAUUACAGGCAACAUCCUCACUGAGCUAAAGGAUAGAGCUGCCGCUUUCAAGGAGCAGGACACUAAUCCGGACGCUUAUAAUCACGCUAUGACCUCCAACGAACCAUCAAACAGGCAAAGUGUCAAUAUAGGACUAAGAUCGAAUCCUACUACACCGGCUCUGACGCUCGUCAGAUGUGGCAGGGCUUGCAAACUAUCACGGAUGACAAAGGGAAACCCAGCCGAGAGCUGCCCAGUGACGCGAGCCUACCAGACGAGCUAAAUGCCUUCUAUGCUCACUUCGAGGCAAGCAACACUGAACCAUACGUGAGAGUACCAGCUGUUCCAGAAUGACCGUAUGAUCAUGUCCUCCGUAGCCAAUGUGAGUAAGACCUUUAAACAGGUUAACGUUCACAAGGCCGCAGGGCCAGACGGAUUAACAGGACGCGUACUCAAAGCAACAGAUCCACAGAUGACGCAAUCUCUAUUGCACUCCACACUGCCCUUUCCCACCUGGACAAAAGGAACACCUAUGUGAGAAUGCUGUUCAAUGACUACAGCUCAGCAUUCAACACCAUCGUGCCCUCCAAGCACAUCACUAAGCUAAGGACCCUGGGACUGAACACCUCCCUCUGCAACUGGAUCCUGGACUUCCUGACGGGCCGCCCCCAGGUGGUGGGGUUAGGCAACAACACAUCUGCCACACUGACCAUCAAUACAGGGGCCCUUCAGGCGUGCAUGCUCAGUCCCCUCCUGUACCCCCUGUUCCCCCGCACACAUCAUUAAGUUUGCCCGACGACAUGAUGGUGGUAGGCCUGAUCACAACCUCUCCCUCAACAUGUGCCAGACAAAGAAGCUUAUCGUGGACUACAGCAAACGGAGGGCCGAACAUGCCCCCAUUCACAUCGACGGGGCUGUAGUGGAGCAGGUCAAGAGCCUCAAGUUCCUCGGUGUCCAAAUCACCAAGGACCUAUCAUGGUCCAAACACACCAAUACAGUCGUGAAUAGGACACGACAAUGCCUCUUCCCCCUCAGGAGGCUGAAAAGAUUUGGCAUGGGUCCUCAGAUCCUUCAUAAGUUCUACAGCUGCACCAUUGAGAGCAUCUUGACUGGCUGCAUCACCGCUUGAUAUGGCAACUGCUCGGCAUCCGACCGCAAGGCGCUGCAGAGGGUAGUGUGUACGGCCCAAUAGAUCACUGGGGCUGAACUCCCUGCCAUCUAGGACCUCUAUACCAGGCAGUGUCAGAGGAAGACCCUAAAUAUUGUCAGACUCCAGCCACCCUAGUCAUAGACUGUUCUCUCUGCUACCGCACGGCAAGCGAUACCGGAGCGCCAAGUCUAGGUCCAAAAGGCUUCUUAACAGCUUCUACCCCCAAGCCAUAAGACUCCUGAACAGCUAAUCAUGGCUACCCAGACUAUUUGCAUUGUCCUUCUUAAUGCGUUUGAGCCAAUCAGUUGUGUUGUGACAAGGUACGGGGGUAUUAUGACGUUACUUUCAUUAAUAGGGCGACUGUUAUUUAUCGAAUCAACUAACUAUGUUUAAUUGUCACUCAAUUAAAUUAAUCAUGUAACAUUUAACUCAUUAGGAAUAUAGGGCACCACGGAAUAAGUUGUUUAACGAGUUACCAUCUCCCGAAUUAAACUCUUAGAAGAUAUAUGCUAUAUAUCGAUAACAGUCACUUAUUAAAUAAUUACCUCUUAUCAGUCUCAUUCUGAACAUCGCAUAAUCCUUGAACCUGCAAGAACCCUAACCUUAUUGAUGAAUCAGCGAUGCACAAAUUGGCAUAAUUAUUUAUUUACUAACUAACUAAAUAAUAACACAGAAUACAAACACACACACACAUAGGUUAUUGAUUACUAAUGUAAUACAAUGGAAACAGGUCCCUAAUGAACUGGACUAACAAUAGCAUGAAUGCUUGGUUAGAAGGAGGGGUCAGAGUGGAAGGGAGCGACAGAGAUUCAAACUUUCGUUGUUACUUUGGAAACUACGCUCACGGAAAUACAAAUGCUUAGAACCCUAAUAACCGCUCAUUCGGAUUGGAAAUGCAACAUGUAUUUACGUGUAGCUGUCCUCGAUAGUUGAGUUGAUGAUGUAGGACUGGGUUGCCCACCGGAGAUCCCAAUGUCCUUGGUAGAGUUUCUGGUCGUAGUGGUGGUUAGAAUGGCUACUUCAGCUUACCCUGUAGUUUGUAGAGUUGAUAUGUUAGAAUAGAUACGUCAGAUGUACCAACGGUUGUCUGAGAGGGAUUGUCCUUCCCAACUCUUGUCUUUAGUGAAAGUUCUCUAGACGACUAUACAUGCCAGCUGCAGACUGGUAAUGCUACGGUCUAGUGAGUUUCUUCUUCUUGUGUAGAGAUUGAGAGUUUCAGAGUUUCUCACCAUUUCAAACGCAUGGACUAACGUCUCACGUUUUCUGGUCUUUCUGGUCUCACCAUUUUAAACCGUGUAGCUUCAGCUUCACGUUUCCUGGUCUGGUAGAAAUUCAACCAUUCGCAAUAUCCGGCUUAUACCGUAGUCUGCUUGGUCUUUUCCUUUGGUAAUGGAGUUGUAGUUUUAAACCAUUUUGCCAUAGUCAGCUCGCGCUGUACUUCGGCGGGUCUUAUGUGAAUUUCGUCACGAGGGGUUUUAUACAAAAAUAGAAAAGGGGGCGUUUCAUCAUGUUUGUGCUCAUCUGGGCGUGGCAACUGACUGAGAACAAGUCAAUAUGGAAAACAAUCAUCUCAUCUAGAAUGCUAAAAUCACAUUGUUAUCUUCACAAAAGUAUUAUUAUACUUAAUCAUUCGUUUUAUACAACAAUUAGAUGCAAACCUCAUAACUGGGAAGUGUACACCCCCAGAGAUACAGUUAUGUUGUUCCACCGUCUUUAAUGACAUCACAACAUAGUAACGCAUUUGACAUGAUUGUUCUUUAAGUCCCCACUGACCAUUUCCCACAUUCUUUGAAGUAGAAAUAUUCUUUCAUUAUCCACUUUGGGAUGUUGGAGUCUUGGCGGGAAGACUUCCUUUGUUCCACAGGGAUAUUCCCUCUCCCAAUACUGCAUGGCACGGAAGAGAAAGUUUCUGCAAGGAAUUUACGACCGGUCAUAAAACUGGCCCCCAGGAGAGGGGUUGUUCAAACCUUUGCCUAGCUUCUUUGAUCCUCAGCCCAUGAGGGCAAUUCAUGACAGGGGGUAUACAGAAGCCCUAUUUGGUAAAAUACCAAGUCCAUAUUAUGGCAAGAACAGCUCAAAUAUGCAAAGAGAAACAACAGUCCAUCAAUACUUUAAGACAUGAAGGACAGUCAAUACGGAACAUUUCAAGAACUUUGAAAGUUUCUUCAAGUGCAGUCGCAAAAACCAUCAAGCGCUAUGAUGAAACUGGCUCUCAUGAGGAUCGCCACAGGAAUGGAAGACCCAGAGUUACCUCUGCUGCAGAGGAUAAGUUCAUUAGAGUUACCAGCCUCAGAAAUUGCAGUCCAAAUAAAUGCUUCACAGAGUUCAAGUAACAGACACAUCUCAACAUCAACUGUUCAGAGGAGGCUGUGUGAAUCAGGCCUUCAUUGGUCGAAUUGCUGCAAAGAAACCACUACUAAAGGACACCAAUAAGAAGAAGAGACUUGCUUGGGCCAAGAAACACGAACAAUGGACAUUAGACCGGUGGAAAUUUGUCCUUUGGUCUGGAGUCCAAAUUUGAGAUUUUUAGUUCCAACCACUGUGGCGUUGUGAGACGCAGGUGUGGGUGAACGGAUGAUCUCCGCAUGUGUAUUUCCCACCGUAACGCAUGGAGGAGGAGGUGUUAUGGUGUGGGGGUACUUUGCUGGUGACACGGUCUGUGAUUUAUUUAGAAUUCAAGACACACUUAACCAGCAUGGCUACCACAGCAUUCUACAGUGAUACGCCAUCCCAUCUGGUUUGGGCUUAGUGGGACUAUCAUUUGUUUUUCAACAGGACAAUGACCGAACAGGCUGUGUAAGGGUUAUUUUACCAAGAAGGAGCGUGAUGGAGUGCUGCAUCAGAUGACCUGGCCUCCACAAUCCCCUGACCUCAACCCAAUUGAGAUGGUUUGGGAUGAGUCGGACCGUAGAGUGAAGGAAAAGCAGCCAACAAGUGCUCAGCAUAUGUGGGAACUCCUUCAAGACUGUUGGAAAAGCAUUCCAGGUGAAGCUGGUUGAGAGAAUGCCAAGAGUGUGCAAAGCUGUCAUCAAGGCAAAGGGUGGCUAUUUGAAGAAUCUCAAAUAUAGAAUAUAUUUUUGUUUAACACUUUUUUGGUUACUACAUGAUUCCAUAUGUGUUAUUUCAUAGUUUUGAUGUCUUCACUAUCAUUCUACAAUGAAAUGAAAAUAGUAAAAAUAAAGAAAAACCCUUGAAUGAGUAGGUGUGUCCAAACUUUUGACUGGUAGUGUACAUAUUACCUCAAUUACCUCGACUAACCUGUGCCCCCGCACAUUGACUCUGUACCGGUACACCUUGUAUAUAGCCUCCCUACUGUUCUUUUAUUUUACUGCUGCUCUUUAAUUAUUUUUUAUUUGCAUUUUUUACUUAUCUAUUUUUUACUUAACACAUAUUUUUCUUAAAACUGCAUUGUUGGUUAAGAGCUUAUAAGUAAGCAUUUCACUGUAAGGUCUACAACUGUUGUAUUCGGCGCAUGUGGCAAAUAAUAUUUUAUUUUAUUUGAUUUUAUUUUUUUAGACCCCUUGACUUUUUCCACAUUGUGUUACGUUACAGCCUUAUUCUAAAAUUGAUUAAAUAAAUAAAAAUCCUCAUCAAUCUACACACAAUACCCCAUAAUGACAAAGUGAAAACAGUUUUUUUAGAAAUUUGUGCAAAACAAAAGAAGGAAAAUAAAUAAGAUAAAUACCUUAUUUACAUAAGUAUUCAGACCCUUUGCUAUGAGACUCGAAAUUGAGCUGAGGUGCAUCUUGUUUCCAUUGAUCAUCCUUGAGAUGUUUCUCCAACCUGAUUGGAGUCCACCUGUGGUAAAUUCAAUUGAUUGGACAUGAUUUGGAAAGGCACACACCUGUCUAAAUAAGGUCCCACAGUUGACAGUGCAUGUCAUAGCAUAAAACCAAGCAAUGAGGUUGAAGGAAUUGUCCGUAGAGCUCCGAGACAGGAUUGUGUCGAGGCACAGAUCUGGGGAAGGGUAACAAAACAUUUCUGCAGCAUUGAAGGUCCUCAAGUACAAUGUGGCCACCAUCAUUCUUAAAUGGAAGAAGUUUGUAACCACCAAGACUCUUCCUAGAGCUGGCCGGCCGUCCAAACUGAGCAAUCGGGGGAGAAGGGCCUUGGUCAGGGAGGUGACCAAGAACCCAAUGGUCACUCUGACAGAGUUCCUCUGUGGAGAUGGGAGAACCUUCUAGAAGGACAACCAUCUCUGCAGCACUCCACCAAUCAGGCCUUCAUGGUAGAGUUGCUAGACGGAAGCCACUCCUCAGUAAAAGGCACAUGACAGCCCGCUUGGAGUUUGCCAAAAGGCACCUAAAGACUCUCAGACCAUGAGGAACAAGAUUCUCUGGUCUGAUGAAACCAAGAUUGAACUCUUUGGCCUGAAUGCCAAGCGUCACGUCUGGAGGAAACCUGGCACCAUCCCUACAGUGAAGAAUGGAGGUGGCAGCAUCAUGCUGUGGGGAUGUUUUUCUGGGGCAGGGACUGGGAGACUAGUCAGGAUUGAGGGAAGGAUGAACAGAGCAAAGUACAGAUAGAUCCUUGAUGAAAACCUGCUCCAGAGCGCUCAGGACCUCAGACUGGGGUGAAGGAUCACCUUCCAACAGGACAAUGACCCUAAGCACAUAGCCAAGAAAACGCAGGAGUGGCUUCGGGACAAGUCUCUGAAUGUUCUUGAGUGGCCCAGCCAGAGCACGGACUUGAACUCGACCUAACAUCUCUGGAGAGACCUGAAAAUAGCUGUACAGCGACGCUCCCCAUCCAACCUGACAGAACAUGAGAGGAUCUGCAGAGAAGAAUGGGAGAAACUCCCCAAUUACAGGUGUGCCAAGCUUGUAGCGUCAUCCCCAAUAAGACUCGAGGCUGUAAUCGCUGUCCAAGGUCCUUCAACAAAGUUCUGAGUAAAGGGUCUGAAUACUUAUGUAAAUGUAAUAUUUCAGUUUUUCAUUUGCAAACAUUUCUGAAAACCAGUUUUUGCUUUGUCAUCAUGGGGUAUUGUGCGUAAAUUGAUGAGGGAGAAAAACAAUUUAAUCAAUUUUAGAAUAAGGCUGUAACGUAACAAAAUGUGGAAAAAGUCAAGGGGUCUGAAUACUUUCCGAAUGCACUGUACAGCCUUGUUAUUGUUUUUAUUGUUUUACUAUUUCCUUUUUUAUUUUUGAAAAUGUCUCGUACUUUUUAACGCUGGGAAUGGGCUCGUAAGUAAGCAUUUCACUGUAAAGUCUACACCUGUUUUAAUUCUGCGCAUGUGACCAAUAACAUUUGAUUUGAUUUAAUCACAGCCAUUGAACUCUGUAGCUGUUUUAAAAUCACCAAUGGUCUCAUGGUGACAUCCCUAAGCAGUUUCCUUCCUGUCCUGCAGCUCAGUUCAGAAGGACGACUGCAUCUUCGACGUGUCUGGGUGGUUUAAUACAUCAUCCACAACAUAAUUCUUAACUUGACCAUGCCUAAAGAUAUUUUCAAUGUCUGAUUUGUUAUUGUUACCCAUCUACCAAUCACUGCCAUUCUUUAUGAGGCUUUCCAAAAGCUCCCUGGUCUUUGUACUUGAAUCUGUGCUUGAAAUUCAAUACUUGUCAGAGGGACCUUACAGAUGUUGUAUGUAUGGGAGACAGAGGAAGGGGUAGUCAUUCAAAAAUCAUGUCAACCCCUAUUAUUUCACACAGAGUGAGUAUAAAAUAUAACUUGUGAUUUGCUAAGCCAAAUUUGACUUCUGAACUAAUUUAUGCUUGGAUAAACAAAGGGUGUGUAUUCAUUUGUAAAAAUUUGUAAAAUGUUCCUUUCACUUUGACAUUACAGAGUAUUUUGGGUAGAUCAAUGACAAAAAAUUACAAUGAAAUCUAUUGCAAUCCCACUUUGUAAGGCAACAAAAUGUGAAAAAGUUCAAGGGGGUGUAGACUUUCUAUAGGCGCUGUAAUUAAACUACCCUGUGAUUAUGAACAUGUCAUAUCUUGAUUGUCAAAUAAAACAAAUAAAAUCUCUCUACUUGAUACUUUCCUACAGGCUACUGACCUGCAUCCAGCAGAUAUCAAUGGAAAAGCAGAUCCAUACAUCGCUAUCAAACUGGGCAAGUCAGAUAUCAAAGACAAAGAGAACUACAUCUCCAAACAACUCAACCCUAUCUUUGGCAAGUGAGUGGAGAAACUUUAAAAACAACAUUUUGUCCAUUUCCACUAACGUUCAUGAUGUCGUAAUAGAGUGGAUUUAUCCUUAAUACGGCCUUAAUUCUUAAUCCUUAAUAGCAUACAAGCUAGCCAAAUAAUUUACUAUUGAUGAUUGCCACUUAUAUACAGUGAGGGAAAAAAAUUUUUUGAUCCCCUGCUGAUUUUGUACGUUUGCCCACUGACAAAGAAAUGAUCAGUCUAUAAUUUUAAUGGUAGGUUUAUUUGAACAGUGAGAGACAGAAUACCAACAAAAAAAUCCAGAAAAACGCAUGUCAAAAAUGUUAUAAAUUGAUUUGCAUUUUAAUGAGGGAUAUAAGUAUUUGACCCCCUCUCAAUCAGAAAGAUAUCUGGCUCCCAGGUGUCUUUUAUACAGGUAACGAGCUGAGAUUAGGAGCACACUCUUAAAGGGAGUGCUCCUAAUCUCAGUUUGUUACCUGUAUAAAAGACACCUGUCCACAGAAGCAAUCAAUCAAUCAGAUUCCAAACUCUCCACCAUGGCCAUGACCAAAAAGCUCUCCAAGGAUGUCAGGGACAAGAUUGUAGACCUACACAAAGCUGGAAUGGGCUACAAGACCAUCGCCAAGCAGCUUGGUGAGAAGGUGACAACAGUUGGUGCGAUUAUUCGCAAAUGGAAGAAACACAAAAUAACUGUCAAUCUCCCUCAGCCUGGGGCUCCAUGCAAGAUCAUGAGAACGGUGAGGAAUCAGCACAGAACUGCACGGGAGGAUCUUGUCUAUGAUCUCAAGGCAGCUGGGACCAUAGUCACCAAGAAAACAAUUGGUAACACACUACGCCGUGAAGGACUGAAAUCCUGCAGCGCCCGCAAGGUCCCACUGCUCAAGAAAGCACAUAUACAAGCCCGUCUGAAGUUUGCCAAUGAACAUCUGAAUGAUUCAGAGGAGAACUGGGUGAACGUGUUGUGGUCAGAUGAGACCAAAAUCGAGCUCUUUGGCAUCAACUCAACUCGCCGUGUUUGGAAGAGGAGGAAUGCUGCCUAUGACCCCAAGAAAACUAUCCCCACCGUCAAACAUGGAGGUGGAAACAUUAUGCUUUGGGGGUGUUUUUCUGCUAAGGGGACAGGACAACUUCACCGCAUCAAAGGGACGAUGGACGGGGCCAUGUACCGUCAAAUCUUGGGUGAGAACCUCCUUCCCUCAACCAGGGCAUUGAAAAUGGGUCGUGGAUGGGUAUUCCAGCAUGACAAUGACCCAAAACACACGGCCAAGGCAACAAAGGAGUGGCUCAAGAAGAAGCACAUUAAGGUCCUGGAGUGGCCUAGCCAGUCUCCAGACCUUAAUCCCAUAGAAAAUCUGUGGAGGGAGCUGAAGGUUUGAGUUGCCAAACGUCAGCCUCGAAACCUUAAUGACUUGGAGAAGAUCUGUAAAGAGGAGUAGAACCAAAUCCCUCCUGAGAUGUGUGCAAACCUGGUGGCCAACUACAAUAAACGUCUGACCUCUGUGAUUGCCAACAAGGGUUUUGCCACCAAGUACUAAGUCAUGUUUUGCAGAGGGGUCAAAUACUUAUUUCCCUUAUUAAAAUGCAAAUCAAUUUAUAACAUUUUUGACAUGCGUUUUUCUGGAUUUUUUUGUUGUUAUUCUGUCUCUCAAAUAAACCUACCAUUUAAAUGAUAGACUGAUCAUGUCUUUGUCAGUGGGCAAACGUACAAAAUCAGCAGGGGAUCAAAUACUUUUUUCCCUCACUGUAGUUAUAGCUUGUGCAUUGAAUAGGCUUUGAAAAUGUAAAACCUGUGGAAAAUUAUAACCAAAGUUAUGACCAAAGACUUAACAAAGUCAUUUAUUUUUGAACCCAUCAGAUCCUUUGACAUCGAUGCCACAUUUCCCAUGGACUCCACACUAACAGUGUCAGUCUAUGACUGGGACUUAGUGGGAACUGACGAUCUCAUUGGAGAAACCCAACUGGAUUUGGAGAACCGCUACUACAGCAAGCACAGAGCAAUAUGUGGCAUCCCAUCUAAAUAUGCCAUGUAAGUGCUGCCUAGCUCUCUGUAGCAUUACGGCAUUUACAGUACAUGUAAUCAAUAUAUACGAACAGCAUAGGAUAUACUAUGUAAAGGAUAAAUUAAUACCCAUAUAUCAUCUUAUAAGAACUGUGAGGGAUUUGUGUGUCAUUCAUCAUUGUUAUUAAUUCCUGUAGCCAUGGCUACAACGUGUGGCGGGACCCCCUGAAGCCGACCCAAAUCCUGGCGAAGCUGUGUAAGGAGUGCAAGCUGGACGGGCCACACUACGGCCCUGGAGGACGGGUCAAGGUGGCCAACCGGGUCUUCAUGGGCCCAACUGAGAUCGAAGAUGAAAAUGGUACUGUAUAGUGCAGAACAAAAUAACACUACCUGAAAUGCUUCUUUAAAUCAAAUCAAAUCAAAAUGUAUUUGUCACAUACACACGUUUAGCAGAAGUUAUAGCGGGUGUAGCGAAAUGCUUGUUCUUCUAGCUGCGACAGUGCAGAAAUAUCUAACAAUUUCACAACAUACACCCAAUACACAGAAAAAAGUAAGGAAUGGGAUUUAAGAAUAUAUACAUAUAUGGACAAGCAAUGACAGAGCGGCAUGGACUAAGAUACAGUAGAAUAUUAUAGAAUAGAAUGCAGUAUAUACGUAUGAGAUGAGUAGUGCAAGAUAUGUAAACAUUAUUAAAGUGACUAGUGUUCCAUUUCUUAAAGUGGCCAGUGAUUUCAAUAGGCAGCAGCAGCCUCUAAUGUGCUAGUGAUAGCUAUUUAACAGUCUGAUGGCCUUGAGAUAGAAGCUGUUUUUCAUUCUCUCGGUCCCAGCUUUGAUGCACCUGUACUGACCUCACCUUCUGGAUGAUAGCGGGGUGAACAGGCAGUGGCUCGGGUGGUUGAUGUCCUUGAUGAUCUUUUUGGCCUUCCUGUGACAUCGGGUGCUGUAUGUGUCUUGGAGGGCGGGUAGUUUGCCCCCGGUAAUACUUUCGGCAGAUUACCCGGAUUUACCCUCCUAUGUUGGUUACUGUACCCUGAAAUACCACCAGCCUGGUAUUUUACUCUGCCUGAAAUACCCCCUCAUGUACAACUGAUCAUAUAGGUCUAUGAUGUUAUGAGCUUUCCCAAGUACCCCUUGUGGGUAGGCCAGGUAUUACUAGACUAGUCUGUGCUGUAUGUUAGUCUGGGUUGGUCUGAUGAUGCUCUUUAGGUCUGAAGAAGCAGACGGAUGAGCACCUGGCCCUGACAGUGCUGAAGCAUUGGGAGGAUAUCCCCAGGGUGGGCUGUAAACUGAUUCCAGAACAUGUGGAGACCAGGCCACUCCUCAACCCUGACAAGCCUGGGAUCGAACAGGUAAGACAAGUGUUAAGGUUGUGCUUGCUAACUGCCUGAGUGCCUGCUUCAGUGUCUUUCAAACAAUCCAGCUGGUGAAGGUUGAAAGCAAAACUAAAGUAGAGUAAAUUAACGUUCACAAUCUGAUGGGAAAUAUUAUUAUACUCUUAGGUAAAGUAUUUAUUUUUAAGGCAAUCUCAGUAGAAAUGGUACAAAUAGAGAGGUUCAAGACCCUUGUGAGACAUCACAGUAAAAUAGAAGGAUGUAUUGCAAAAGGAAAUAGUAAAAUGAUAAUAUACUGGGAAAGAUGGGUUAGUCUGUUGACAUCUGAGGGGUGGAAUUAAGAUUAGAAGGAUUGGUUAAUUUGAUGAUGCACUUGGAGUCCAGUACAAAUAGGUGUAGGCUAUAUGUAUAUAUAUAGAAUUUUUACGUUUUCCACCAGGUCUUCCAACCAGGGGAGCGGGAUGGUAAAACAUAAAAACAAAGAAAGGGAUCAGAAAUGAUGCAACUAAUGUUAUUUUAUAAACCAAUCUGUCUGCUAGUUUCAUAGCUACCCCCCCCCCCCCCCCCCCCAAUAAAAAAAAAUAUAUAUAUAAAGUUAACAAAAGGUACUGUAGGCCUGAUUGAUUAGACUUGAUCUUAGUGUUUCGCCUAGCAGAGUUUCGGGGAGGGGGGCAAAGCUCAUGGGCCCCAAGCUCAUGGGGCCCCCUGCUUUGCGGGGGCUGCAGGGGUGUGUGCUAUGCCACUGGUUCAAUUGCAUCUCAUCCCAAGUUUGUCUUUGUGUUUCUCUAUGUGUAGGGGAGGAUUGAGAUGUGGGUGGACAUGUUCCCCAAGGAUUUGCCUGCACCUGGACCUGCCAUUGAUAUUUCACCCAGGAAACCAAAGAAGUAUGUUCUAGUACAAUGUAAUGUGCUUUCAAAAACAUUCAGUAAGAGAAUUUGCAAGGUGAAGAUAAAGUUCUCUGAUGAAUGUCCAUUGUCCCCCAAGUUACAUUUGGCAUAGUCGGCAGGAUUUGAUAUCAGUAAUAUAAAUAUCAGUAAAUUCCCCAUGUUAUAUGAUCAGAUAUAUCACAUAACAGGCAUGUCACAUUUUAAAAACAGGCAUAUCACAUAAUUCAACAAAAGUUGUACUUUGUCUCACUGUACUGUUUGGUCGUCUGCAGGUUUGAACUGAGGGUGAUCAUCUGGAACACAGACGAGGUCAUUCUGGAGGAUGAUGACAUCUUCACUGGAGAAAAGUCCAGUGAUAUCUUCGUGCGGGGGUUAAGAAUGUUUCCUUUGAAAGUAUAUGUUUUUCGAAUUUCAGGGGGUAUCUUGUACUAAAUAUUUAAACCAUGUCUUCUUCUUCUUCUUCUUCUUCUUCUGCUUCUUCUUCUUCUUCUUCUUCUUCUUCUUCUUCUUCCAUCAUUCAACAGCUGGCUGAAGGGCCAGCAGGAGGACAAGCAGGACACAGAUGUCCACUACCACUCCCUGACAGGGGAGGGUCUCUUCAACUGGCGCUUCAUCUACCCCUUUGACUACUUACAGGCCGAGGAGAAGAUCGUCAUCUCUAAGAAGGAGUCCAUGUUCGCCUGGGACGAGACUGAGUAUAAGAUCCCUGCUCGUCUCAACUUACAAGUCUGGGAUGCUGACCACUUCUCUGCAGAUGAUUUUUUAGGUGGAGUGAUUUGAUUUCCCUCUACUAAACAUUCACCAUAAUGAUUUUCUGGGCUGUAGAUGUUGGUCUUUCUGUGAAUAUAACGUUUCAGACUAGGGCUACAGUGGAUUGCAUUUCCCUUGUUGUACUAUUUUAAUUUUUGUAAUUGAACUUGUAUUGUGCGACAUGGAAAAUACUGUUGUGGCAGUCAUAACAACAACAUCAACAUAAUCAACAACAACAGCUGAGAACCCUUCAUGCAUAUAAAAUAAAGAUGUAUGAUAUUUAUGUCUCUUCCUAGGCGCCAUUGAGCUGGACCUGAACCGUUUCCCUCGUGGAGCGAAGACAGCCAAGCAGUGCUCCAUCAACAUGGUGCUGAACGAACAGGAUAUUCCCAUGGUGUCUAUCUUCAAACAGAGGAGGAUCAAGGGCUGGUGGCCCUUCCUGGCCAGAGACGAGAACGACGACUUUGAACUCACGGUAUGAUUCAGAGGGGUUGGGUUAAAUGCGGAAGACACAUUUCGGUUGAAAGCAUUCAGUUGUACAACUGAUUAGGUAUCCCCCUUUUCCCUUUUUCUAAUGUAAUGUGGACUGGAUUAAACACAUUCAACUAUACACUUGUCAAAACGGUGUCUUUGAUUCAACAAAACGUGACAAUUGGGUUACACCCUGAAGAAUCUAACUGAGUUAAAUAUUGAACAGAUCAGUCAAAAGAUACAGACCUACUUUAUAUACUGUAUGAACCCCAGUAUUUUAGUAGUGAUGUUGUUUGUGUCUUUGCAGGGGAAAGUGGAAGCAGAGCUGCAGCUGAUGACUGCAGAGGAGGCUGAGAAGAAUCCAGUAGGUGACGGACGCAACGAACCUGAGCCCCUGGAGAAACCCAAGUAAGAGCACCAUUCACCCUUUACCACUACCACCCUUUAUGGUGUUUACACACUGAGCUAACAAAUACAGUGUAAAAUGUUGGCGCCAACUCAAUGUAUUUCAACUGGGAAGUUGCAUUGGAGUGGGGAAGGGGCAGGAGCAUGAUUUUGCAUCACGAGGUUGCCCUAAAACAACGCUCUACCAUGCGGUCGGAUUGCGCACCCUCGUUGGUACGCACCCUAACGUAAUGGUCCAUUUGAUUACAAUACACACAAAUUAUGGGAUAAAGAAAGGGUCUUUUACGAAAUUGCUUCGACCAAGUACCGGAUUUGACCAGGGAUCAUCAUACUUUACAAGGUAAGUUACUAAAAUACCCUUUAUUUUCCCCAUAAUUUUUAUGGAUUAUUUUAUAUUCACAGGAAACCGGCCCUAAUUCUUAUAGUCCUAUUUGCUCAUCCUCUGUGUGUCUGUGUGAUGGCCUUAUAAGGCAUUAGUGCAGACUAACCAACCAACCCUAUUUUUCUCCACCAGUCGUCCAGACACAGCCUUCCUAUGGUUCCUUAUGCCUUUCAAGGCCAUCAAAAACCUCAUCUGCAACCAGUACUUCUGGCUCACGGUCAAGUUAGUGGUGGCUCUGCUGCUGGUGCUCAUCCUGGGCCUCUUCAUCUACAGCAUGCCUGGAUACAUGGCCAAGAAACUAAUGGGUGUC